GAGAGAGAGAGAGAGAGAGAGAGAGAGAGAGAGAGAGAGAGAGAGAGAGAGAGAGAGAGCGCUAUGCGCUGACUGCCCGCAGAAUUGUUUUCAGGUGCUUUUUCUGUCAGACCCUCCCCAAUCUGCCCUGCUCCCACCAGCGGGAAAAAAGCAAGAAAUACUUCAGUCAUGAUUUAUGAAUGAACGAGAGUCCCUCCGCCGAGGGAUAUUGUCUCUGGUUUCGGAGAGGGCGAGGCAGGAGACCCACAAAGGGUGGUGGGGACCGGGCUGGAGCCGACUCCUAUGUCUUGGUGGAAAGACUCGGAAACCAGGAGUGACUGAAGAGAGCGCCGAGCCCGGCUUCCACCCGCUGCCCUCUACCCGGAGUCGUUCUGUAUGGUCAUCACAAAGAUGUCAUGGCACCCUCAGUAUCGAAGUUCAAAGUUCCGCCAUGUCUUUGGCAAGGCCGCCAGCAAAGAGAAUUGCUAUGACUGUGUGCCCAUCACCAGGAGCGUCCAUGACAAUCAUUUCUGUGCUGUUAACCCCCACUUCAUUGCUGUCGUGACAGAAUGUGCUGGAGGGGGUGCCUUCCUCGUCAUCCCAAUACAUCAGACAGGAAAGCUCGAUCCACAUUACCCAAAGGUCUGUGGCCACAAAGGCAACGUUUUGGACAUCAAGUGGAACCCUUUUGAUGAUUUUGUAAUAGCCUCCUGUUCUGAAGAUGCCACGAUUAAGAUAUGGGAUAUUCCAAAGCAAUUCCUGGCAAGAAACAUCACUAUCUCAAAGAAGGAGCUACUUGGUCACUCAAGAAGGGUUGGACUCCUGGAAUGGCACCCAACUGCUGCUAAUAUUCUCUUUAGCACUGGUUAUGAUUAUAAGUUAAUGAUAUGGAACCUCGACACAAAAGAGUCUGUAAUUUCGAACCCAGUGAAGACAAUUGACUUUCACCAAGAUGUGAUCCUCUCCAUGUCAUUCAACACAGAUGGCAGCCUGCUCGCAACCACCUGUAAGGACAGAAAGAUAAGGGUUUUUGACCCCCGCGCAGGAAAAGUCUUACAGGAAGCAAACUACAAAUCUCACAGAGCCAACAAAGUGCUGUUUCUUGGAAACAUGAAAAAGCUGCUGUCCACUGGAACGUCCAGAUGGAACAACAGGCAAAUUGCAGUAUGGAAUGAGGAUGACCUUUCUGUGCCUUUAGUUGAAGAGGACCUAGAUGGCUCUUCUGGUGUAUUGUUCCCUUUCUAUGAUUCAGAUACCAAUGUGCUCUAUGUGGUGGGCAAGGGUGAUGGGAACAUUCGAUACUAUGAAAUUAGUGCAGACAAACCACAUUUGAACUAUCUUACAGAAUAUCGUUCCUAUCUCCCUCAAAAGGGAAUUGGAGUCAUGCCAAAGAGGGGUCUGGAUGUAUCUUCCUGUGAGAUAUUCAGAUUCUACAAACUGAUAACAACCAAAAGCCUCAUCGAGCCCGUAUCAAUGAUUGUCCCUCGACGGUCGGAAUCCUACCAAGAAGACAUCUAUCCCUUGACAGCUGGAGUCCAGCCGGCUCUGACGGCACAGGAAUGGCUGAAUGGAAUGAAUAAAGGGCCAUUGCUGGUAUCUCUGAGACCAGGGUCUGAACUUAUAAACUCUCAACAACAGUUUCCUGAAAGGACACUAUCCAAUUCUAUGCCUCUGGAAUCAAAUAGGUAUAUAGAGAGGAUUGAAAGGAAAACAACAAUUGAGGAUUUCAAGAAGUCAAACAGGUUCUUGGAUGACAGAGGACCAAGAAAAGGAAUAGAUCAAAUACAAGAAGAUAGGAAAUCUUGGCUUUCAAAUGGCUAUGAUCCAUUUGAGUGUCCUCCACCAAAAACAGAAAAUGAGCUGCUGCAGAUGUUCUAUAGACAACAAGAAGAAAUCCGGAGACUUCGAGAGCUGGUAAACCAGAGAGAAGUCCAAGUCAAACAGCUGGAACUGGAAAUCAAAAACAUACACAUGAAUUCAGGCACUUAUUGAGAGGGAGAGAAAGAAACUAUUUUCCUGAUCCUCAGAACCCAGAGCAACUCCGAGACAAAUACCAAAACCAAACUCCAAAUUUCAUAAGAAUAACUAUUGUUUUUAUAUUUUUGUGGAAAAUUUAAUUCAUUGAAAAAUGCCAGUGGUCAAUAGUGCCCAAUUUUCUACUUAUCUUCUUUUCAUAGAGAUUUUUGAAUCAAAUCAUUAUAAAUAAUACUUUGGCCUUCAAUUCAUUAUCUCUCUCAUUUAAAAAAAUACUUUAUCAAAGCAAAAACAAAAAGUGAUAUAGCAUCUCAAAAAGAAUGUGGAGUAGUUGUCAAAAUUAGAGAAACAGAGAGAGAGAGAGAGAGAGAGAGAGAGAGAGAGAGAGAGAGAGAGAGAGAGAGAAGCUCUUAAUCAUAUCUCUAUAAACAGGUAAGAAAAGGAACAUCUCAAGGGGAUCGAUCUCCUCUGAUGAGGAUUCCUUUCACUGAUACAGACCACAUCCCUUAGUAGAAAAUUCCUAGGGAGUUGUCUGAGGAAUUUAAUGACUAAAUGACUUGCCAGUCAUACAACAUAAGUGUCAGGGAUACAAUUUGACCUCAGGUCUUGCUGGGUUCAAGCCCAGCAUUCAGUCCAUUUUAUUACACUGUCCCUCUAGUAAAAAGAUAGAUUUAAAUAAAUCUUUUUCCCCUGGAAAUAAGAGACUUUGUCAAAUAUACUCAAUUAAACUGAAUAGCUGGUCCUUGACUUGAGGUCAAUUAUAGAGAUUUUUCAUAGAAAUUGAAGAGUUUCAAUUUCAGAGAAAUUGAAGAGAUAGAUGUAUGCUUCAAGGUUCUGGUCCCAGAAUGCAGAUCAUCAAAUCCAAACUGUUCUUCCUUAAAAAAAAAAAAAUGUGAAAGACUUAAGUCUCCUUAAUACACAGAGUAAGGAUAAAUAAGAGUAAAAGUCAUUUAACCAAUGGGUCAAAAAUGAUUAUUUCCUUACUGAUUGCAGGGCUACUAUUACUAUUUGGAAACCUGGGUUUAUGGAUCAUGAUGGAGAAGCUAUAUUGCUAUCUAGUUCACUCUCACAUUGCAAAAAUGGGACAUAAUUGAAAAGAAUCAAAUGAGCUGUGAGCAUUAAGACCAUCAUGAAGCAAUGUUGCUGGUGUCUUUCCCACUGCCCCAUUCUGAGCAACCAAGGGCAUACAGUGGGUGUAUGUAUAAUGCCCUAUCAGGUUGUAUUUUAAAUUUGCAUGUCCCCCACAUGCUGAGAGAGAGGCUGGGGGCUCACUGUGUCUGUCUUCUCACUAGACCACAACUCCUUAGGCAUGCUUAUCUCACCUGAGCAGCAUUCUGUCCUGUAAAUACUUUUAAAUGCUGGAACUUAUUUUUAUACAUUGUCUGUAAAACAUGCCUUACUGUGCUGAAGAAGAGGAUGAAUCACAGUUGAUUAUUGGGAGAGCAGAAAUCCAUGAUAUACUAUGUUUAAACAUGUCAAUUACUAUCUUAUCAAGCAAAACUCAUACAUCAGUGACCAAAAUUUCAUGUUUGACCAAAAUUUCAUGUUUAAAAAUAGUAUCUGGCUUCUCUGAGGUAGACAGAAAGCUUUUUUUUUUCAUUUUCUUUUUUAUGUCUAAAAUAAAUUAUUUAAAUUAUUUGACAAGUAGGAAAAGGGACAGAUCAUUUUUACCCAAUAUUUUUUUAACCUGUCUUUUUAAAAUUGUAUUUUUGUUUAUGUAUGUGACCUGAUAAGGUUAAAAUUAGUCAUAUUCACAGUGCUCAGCCAAUUAGUAGUGUACUCACUGAUCUAUGUACUUGAAACAAUAGUAGUUUACUGAUUUACUAUUCCAAGAACAACUAUUGAAUCAGCACCUGAGUAUAAUCUUUGGAAGAAUACCUCUGUAUAAAUGUUGAAUUCUAAACACGUUUCCUCCCUUCACCCACGAAAAUACUUUGAAUUUGUUCAAAUUCGUAUUAUACAGAAGAUCAAAUGACAAAAAUUGGUUUAUGCUUUAUUAAACUGUGCCUAAAACUAUCUGAAUGAUCAUUUUAUCAUUUCUUAAAUUCCUUAUAUCUUUGUAAAAAAAAAAUAGAUGUUGUGGAAUUGUGCAAUGAAAACAAAUGUAACAAAAUAAUAAAUAACUGCC